AUGGAAGAUGACAGUGACCCUGAGCAGAGCUGCUGGGCUGGUUUACCUGAUGUCUGUCUAAGGCAUGUCUUCCGUUGGCUAGAUGACAGGGACAGAUCUCGGGCUGCCUUGGUCUGUAAAAAAUGGAGUCGGGCCAUGUACUCGGGAUCCCUCUGGAGAACCAGAACCAUCACAUUCAAUGGUCGACCAUCAAGGGCACACACAUUUGAAUUUGAAACUGCACUGUGGUAUGUCAAGAAAUUUGGCAAGUAUUUGGAGCACCUUGAAAUCAAGUUACUGAAUCCUUACAAUGCUGUCUUGACCCGAAAAUUUCAAGUGACUAUGAGAGGUCUUCUCUCACACUUGGGUAAAUGUAACAGCCGCCUGGUAUCCCUGAGCAUCCAGCACCUGGAGUUAGACCGCGUGGUCUGGAAAAGCAUGGUAAGGGCUCAGUUUAUCAAGAACUUAGGAACCUUCCUGAAAAGAAUGAGCAAACAUCUCGAUUAUCUCAACUUAAAAGGAGCAAGAGUAACCUUGGAAGAAGGCUGCGAGCUUCUGAAUUCUCUGAGCUACUUGAGAAACAAAAGCUUUAUAUCUGAAGUCAAUAUUGAAGAUUUCUUUAGUCUCCACCUCCCCAUCUACAGCAGCACCUUGUUCCACCAAGCUAUGUCCAAGUUCCACAACCUGGUCAUCCUGACUUUCAAUUACAACUGCAUCUCUGAUGAACUGCUAGACAUCCUGUGUAAGCACAGCGCUCAUUCCCUCUGUACCCUGAAUAUCAAAUGCCAUAUCCAUGACCCUCAUGGGCAAGUGGUCUGGGGGAUGUCAUGGGCAAACCUGGCCAAGAGAGCCCCACGGCUGAACGUGAACUUCUUCUUUGAAAGAGUCAUGAAGCAUGAUCAUCUAGCUAGGAUCCUGCUAGUGGAGAUCCCAGUCAGGAGCAUCAGUUUACGGAGCUGCUAUUUCAGUGACCCAGACUGGACAAUGAGACCUACUCUUAUCAACCUUCUCCCAGCCUACAGGCAUGUUCUGCAGAAAUUAACUCUUGAAGUAAACAAUGACCAUGAACUGCUGGACGAUGAGCUGCUACAGCUCAUCUUAUCAUGCAAGAGGUUGUUUUUUCUGAAAGUCUGGGCAUUUCUUAAUGUCACCUUUAUGGAGAAGCUUCUACAAAAUCGUGCAGAGAAGAAAUGCAUUUUGACUACCAUAAAGGUCAGGAUUUACACAGCCCGACAAGAGACCAGUGAGGAGGAUCGGCUGUUGCGUGAUAUUUACAAGAAGUUCAAAUACCUGAUUGACUCAGAGCUUAAUUAUUUUGUCAUCACCUACCCAAUGGUGUAA